GAGGAGGUAACAUCUAUGUGGCAAGGUAGACAAAAGGUUCAUUCAAUACUUUUGAGCACAAUGCCGAUGAUGUACCGGCGUAAGGUACCCUUAGGUAUGAUAGGUUAUUCUUUGUGCUUACUGAGUUAAAUUACAAAGUAAAGGCAGUUAAAGGCUACUUUACUUCUCUGCUUGGCGCGAGGCCAUAUUUCAUUUGUGGAGCAGAAUUGAGGCAGAAAUGUACAGUUCUGACUUUUAUGACGUCAUAGAGAAGGUUUAUAAAUUUAUGAAUUUGCUAUUCCUGCCAAAAAUCACAGUUCAUAAACUAUAAACUAACAGCGGCCAGUUUUUCAACUUGUGGAUGAUAGUUGAUCAUAAGGCAAAAGAUGUGUAGAUGGGGAUGCGUCUACAAUGACACGACAUUCAUGUGCAAGUUUUGUGGAACAAGAUUUUGCAAUGAUUGUCUCAAAGGAGAAUUUACCGGAUUAAUGAGAGAAGCUGGAUGCUGCAGAAAAUGUAAUCAGUACAAAUGUGUGGGAAAACGUGUGGAAUAUGUCCCUGGGAAAGGUCCUUCAGAAGAAACCAAAGAGAAAUAUGCCGCCUGGAAGGAAAAACAAGGUAAAGGGAAGAAGAAAGGAAAAAAGAAAGGUGGUAAGAAGGGGAAGAAAAAGGGGGGAAAGAAGAAAAAGAAACGAAAGUAGAUUUCCCGCGUAAGAACAAACAAAUGGAGCGUGACAGCAACAAUAGAGAACGCCGCCCCGUUGACAUG